GUGGCAUUCCUGUCUCUCACCUUUACAGCAAGCAAAAUACUUUAAAUUGAAUUAAUGAUCACAUGUAAUAUAUAUUUUUGAUAAAUAUAGACUGUACUUAUAAUAAUAAAACAUAUUUGAGUCAUGUAAUGAGCAAUUCUUGUUUUUUAAUCAUUUAUAUAAAAUAGCAAGUGCAAGCAAUUUGCUUGUCACUCUGACCAUGUAUCGAAGUUUAGUGCCAUAUUUUGAGUUUAAAAAAAAUAUUUUUCUCCAAUUUAAAUGUCAUAAAGUAAACACAAAUGUCACAUUCAUGGAAUGGAGAACUUAAUAAGCUGAAAUACCAAUGAAAUAUUAUAAAUAAUAUAACGGUAAUAGUGGUCACCCCAUGUCAUGUCAUUGGUGUUACUGCCUCACAAAACUUUUAUUUUGAAAAAAAAUUAAUGACUUUUAUGAGUAAUUUAUGGUUCAAGAGGUCAUUGGAAGAAGUGUGAUCAACAUAUGCACAUGACAACUUCAACAAGGAAGGAGAACAUGCAGGAGAAAUGUACAAAGGAGGCAGAGGAAAAUUCAAAAGUUGCAAGAUAAACUUGAGCAAAGCAAACGACAAUGCAACAGGUACAAGAAGCGUUUGUCCCGUUUACGGGGUCGCGUUGCAAAUUCCGAAAGCCCAGGAACGAAGACAAAAGUGAUCCUCCAAGGUUCUACAGUCCACUCUCCAGUCAAGAAAGCUCUAAAAUUCCACUUUGCUCUUGUUGGAGAUUUAAAUGAAAAGUACAAAGCAGCCAAUAAAACAAAAUCAAAACAGGACUUUGCAAACAUUCUGACGGGAAAGCUGAUCAGAAAAUACAAAUUCCAGCUGCUGUGCCAGAAGAACAUUGGCUUCUCGUACAAAGCUUGGAGAAAACCAAUGAUCAACUCUCGAGAAACCACCACAAACAAGAGGAAGACUGUGAGACAGUACUAUCUGAGAGAUGAUGUCAGCAGACUGACCACAGGAAAAAAAAACACAGUCACUGUCCAGAAGGUGAAGAAACAGAGGAGGUUACUCUGUGACUCUCUGCUUAACCUCCACAAGAAAUUUGUUUCUGAGCAUGGAGAACAGAUUUCUUAUGCCUUCUUCUGCAGGCAGAGACCCUUUUGGGUUGUGACACCAAAUGAGCAGGACAGAGAAACAUGUCAAUGUAAGUCUCAUGAAAAUCUGCAGUUUAUGGCAGAUACACUGUACAGACUUGGGCUUUCAGAGUCAAAACACCUGGAUGAUAUGGUUGACAGCACUGUCUGCAACAACGUUGCAAAGUCAUGUGCAUAUGGUGAAUGCCAAGAAUGUAGACUCACCACAUAUCCCCUCACCAAAUCACCAUCAAAUGGUGUGGUAAAUUUAACCCAGUGGUGUCUAGAGAAGAUUGACCAUUCCAAACCAGGUGAAGAGUCUGAGAAGACAAGUACAAUCACUGUCAAAAAAAAAGUGCCAAUAACAGAGGAUGAGCUUGCUACCCAGUUUCAAGAUAGGCUCUUCAUGUUUCGCAGACACAUCUUCAACAUCCGGUGGCAGUACAAUGCUUAUAGAAAUAUAAAAGAGAACCUGACCUCCAUGGACUGCCUUAUACACAUAGAUUUCAGUGAGAACUACACUUGCAAGUAUGCAAAUGAAAUCCAGUCUGUGCACUUUGGGGGGUCACAUCAACAAGUGACCCUCCACACUGGUGUUCUCUAUGUGCAGGACCAGCCCCCCAUUCCCUUUAGUACGAUCUCACCAAGUAGAAGGCACGACCCAGUAGCCAUAUGGGCUCAUCUUGACCCCAUCCUGGAGAUGGUGAAAAAUCAGUGGCCUGAUGUCCAGCACCUUCAUUUCUUCAGUGAUGGCCCUGCCACCCAGUACAAGCAAAAGGGCAAUUUCUACAUGAUUUGCUCAGAACCUCACCAGAAGGGCUUCCCCAAAACUACAUGGAACUUCUUUGAGGCAAGCCAUGGGAAGGGUGCACCAGAUGGGGUGGGGGGUGCAUUAAAGAGGUCAGCCGACACCUUAGUCCGUCGGGGAAGGGAUAUCCCAGAUGCACUCUCUUUCUUCCAGGAGUUAAAUGACUCUGGAACGCAGGUGAAACUGUUCUAUGUAAGUGAGGAAGAUGUUGAGACUAGGGCACAGAAAAUGCUAGAGGUACCUCUUGUUGCAAUAAAGGGGACCAUGAAAAUGCAUCAAGUUUUGAGCAUCACACCUGGCAUCCUCAAAUACAGAGACAUUAGUUGUUUCUGCCAGGCAGCAGAGGGCGUGUGGGAUUGCCCAUGUUACAGUCUCCAAGAAAUCAUUGUAGGAGCUGUGCCGCCUAGAGAAAGUGUCCCCUCUGCCCCACAACAACAACACCGACCUGAUGUCAUUGAGGCUCACCAUAGCGGGCAGUGGUGUAUUGUGAGGUAUGAUGACCAGCCAUACCCUGGCAUUAUACUGGAGGUGGAAGAGCACAACAUAAAAGUGAAGUGCAUGCACAGGAAUGGAGCAAACCGGUUUUUCUGGCCAAACCCAAAAGAGGAUGUAAACUGGUAUGGGGAUGACCAGAUCAUGUGUUUUAUGCCAGAGCCAGUUCCUGUGAACAAACGGUCAGUUCAGGUUGACCAGAAGAUCUGGACAUAUGUGGAGGGUCAGCUGCAUGUGUGACUACAAGUGAAAUACCAGUUGCUGGAAGCCUAAAGUUUAUGUAAAUAAAAUGUUUGUUUACUUGUGUUCUUAUAAAUAUGUUUCAUAGCCAGGGUGCCUGCCAUUGUAGUAGCCUACAGAGUCUGCUGUAUGCCAUACAGAUGUUUGGCAGACAACUAGCUGGCUCAAACAGGAUGGACCAGUCCAGCCCAAUAUAACACCAAGUCAUUGGUGUUAUAAUGUGUCACUGGUGUUACUGAAUGUUUGUUUGGUGAUUUGAUAUUAAAGGGGUCAUUUUUGACUUUAUAAUAAUUUUGUGUUUGUUGAUUGUUGGUUUAUUCGUGAGUUGGCAUUUUAAGGAGAGUAUCAUUCAAUUUUGAUACUGUCCUUCAGUUAUUGUUGAUAUUAUAGCAAAAACCUGAUGGUGUAAAUGAAAAAAUGUCACACAAUACAACUUUACACAUACCUGAUUUAAAUAAAUAAAUAAAUAAUAAAACAUUUUUCUUUUAAUUAUUACCAACCUACUAUGUCUUUGAGUAUAUGUGCAGAUUUAAUAGAGAAAUACUAUUCUGAUGAGCUUUUAAUGUUGUUUUUGGUAUGAGUAACACCAAUGACAAAAAGACGGCACAAGCAUUCUUUGAGUGAAUGUAUAAAAAUAAUUAAAAUACAUUAAGCUUUCAUAUUUGUGGAUUGUUAAAGGCAAGAGGUUAAUUAAUAUUGUACAAUAAGUUUUGAUUAAGUAAAAUGAAAUGUAUUUCAAGACAUGUUGCAAUUCCAAAUGCCACCGUUUCUGUAG